AUGAUUCAAUCACAAGUGUUUAUAAAACUAAUAACGCAAGAAAUAACACUUCUAUCCAAACUUAAUCUAAUAAUCGAACAGGUUUACUUAUUCUCAAAUGUAAAUGAUUGUAUAGACUUUAUUGAAACAGUUGUAAAUAAGAAGGUAUUUUUAAUUAUUACAGUUUUGUUAGAACAAGAAAUUUUAACCAAAAUUUAUGCAUUACCUUCUGUCAGUUUAGUGUUCAUCUACCAUGAUGAUAAUAGUCAGCAACAUGAUGAUGAACGUGAUAAAAGAGAUGAUGCAUUUUCUAAAUUCAUGGGUAUAUUCACCGAACCAGAAACGUUGUUAAAAUGUAUUCGAUCUAAAAUUCGUUUGAUAUCACGUUGUGAAACCACAACAGUUUUUAGUUUAUUUAGUCGAAAUCAGAAAUCAACACGAUUGUUAUCGAAAGAGCGUGCCUCAUUUCUUUGGUUUCAGUUACUAGUUAGCCUAUUAGAGCAAAUGCCAAAUACUGAACAAGCCAAACAAGAAAUGAUUAGUAAAUGCAAAGAAUACUAUCAGACGAGCACUAUCGAACUGAACAAAAUUGAACAAUUUCAAACACUGUAUAAAUCAGAGGAUGCCAUUAAAUGGUAUACAGCAGAUUGUUUCCUAUAUAAACUUAUAAAUAAAGCGCUGAGAACCGAAGACACGAAUUUAUUGUAUUUAUUUCGAUUUUAUGUGAUUGAUCUAUGUCAACAACUCAAACAGGAGCAAGAAAAACAAACACUGUCUGAAACAAUAAUAUUAUAUCGUGGUCAAAUAAUGCCACAACAAGAGUUGUAUGAACUACAACAUAAUAUUAGUAUAUAUAUAGCAACAAAUGGUUUCUUUUCCACCACACGAGAUAAAAAAGUUGCACUCAGCUUCAUCAAUUUGUCUAACAAUGCAAAUGAAACGGUACAAAACGUAUUAUUUGAAAUUACAGUUGAUUUUAAGAUAAAAAAUGUUGUUUACGCUGAUGUAGCUCAAGAUAGUCAAAUGGAAGAAGAAAAGGAAGUUUUAUUUAAUAUUGGCUCAAUCUUCUGUAUUGACAGUGUUGAAUUUGAUCACAAACUAAAACUAUGGAUAAUUCAAAUGUCUGUUGUCGAUAAUAAUUUAAAAGAUAUUCAAGAACACAUCGAAAUUGUAAAAGAAGAACUAAAAGACACAACGCCUAAUGUCAUGUACGGACGUCUUCUACUAAGAAUGGGACAAUAUGAUAAAGCGGAGAACUAUUUUAAAUUAAUGAUACAGACAUCAUCAUGUGAUGAUCAUCUAAAUAUAGCAUCGGCCUACACUAAUAUUGGAAAUGUAUGUCUGAUUAAGAACGACAUCGAACAAGCACAACAUUAUUAUAAACAUGCUUAUGAAAUUAGAAUAAAAUUCUUACCAGAAGAUCAUUUACAUAUCGGAUGGUCGCUGUAUAAUUUAGGGCGGGUUUCACAUAAACAAAACAAUUAUGAUGAAGCUCUUAAUUAUUUUCAGUUGGUUUUACAUAUAUACGCCAAAUAUUAUUCAACAGAUAAUAUUUACACAGCAAGGGUUCUGGAAAACAUGGGUAGAGUAUACAAUGAUAAAUCGAAUGCAAACAAAACGCUUGAUUAUUUAACCAGAGCACUUGAAAUGUAUCGGAGACUAUUUCCCGCACAACAUUUCGAAACGGCAACAGCUUUGUGGAAUAUAGGUUCAUUUUAUAAAACACAAGAAAUGUAUGAUAGGGCACUCUGUUACUUUGAACGUGCACAAAACAUGUUUGAAGUAACAUUACCCGUUGAUCAUCCAAAUCAUGCACAGCUAUUGAAUGACAUUUCUAUUACAAAAGCAUGUAAAUCUGAAAGCGAACUUACUCUCUGA